UGAUAUAUUCAUCGGCCGCUCCGUGAAGACACAUACCCAAAGAUACAUCAGUACAAAGGCGCAGUUAAGUUUAUUCCAAUUUUAGAUGCCGAUAUCUCCGGCGGGACAAGCCCCACAUGUCCCUGAAUCGGUGCCCCUCCUACCCCUCUGACUCAAAAAUAGGUACCUAAAAUAAUACUACACGUUACUGAACUACGUACAAUUCAAUUAAAAGACCAAAAAAAAAAAGAAAAAAAAAGUGUGAAAGCGGAAGAGAGCGUUCCUAAUUUUUGUUUCGCAACACAUACCAAUAUACCGACUUAGCGCAAACCCUCGAAAAAAAUGACCCCCGAGGAGUCGAUUGCCUUGAUCAAGGUCGGUUUGACCGAAGUCCUCAACCCCGAAAUCAUCGACGAUGUUAUUCUCAAUCAAAAACGAGACCUCAGAGUCUACUGGGGAACAGCGACGACGGGGCGGCCGCACUGCGGCUACUUCGUCGCGAUGGUGAAGAUCGCAGAACUUCUGCACGCCGGGUGCCACGUCAAAAUCCUUCUCGCCGAUUUACACGCUUAUCUCGACAACAUGAAGGCCCCCCUCGAACUGAUCGAGCAAAGAGUCAAGUACUACGAAUACAUCGUGAAGAGCUUACUGAGGGCUGUGGGCGUGGACAUCACAAAGCUGGAGUUCAUCAAGGGAAGUUCCUACCAGAAGAGCGAGAAUUACACUAUGGACCGAUUCAAGCUGGAGGGUAUGACUAGGAUAUCGGUUGCUCAGAAGGCUGGCGCCGAGGUCGUCAAGCAGACCAACGACCCCUUCCUGGGUGGUCUUACUUACCCCCUCAUGCAAGCGCUGGAUGAAGAGUACCUCGAUGUCGACGCGCAGCUCGGCGGUCUGGAUCAGCGCAAGAUCUUCACAUUCGCGCUGGAGAACUUACCAAAGAUCGGCUACAGGGUCAGGACGCAUCUGAUGCACUCAAUGGUUCCCGGUUUAGGAGAGGCGCAAAAGAUGAGCUCCAGCGAGCCCGAUUCCAAGAUCGACUUGCUGGACUCGGCCGAUUUGGUGGCUAAGAAGUUGAAGAAGGCCGUGUGCGUGCCUAAGAAGAUCGAGGGCAACGGCGUGGUGGCUUUCGUAGAGCACGUCAUUUUCCGGGUAGUGGCUAUAAAGACGGGAGGAAAGCCUCACUUUACGGUUGAGAGGCGGGAAGGAGAGCCCCUCAUCUACGACGACAUUGAGAAGUUAAAGGCUGAUUACGAGGCCGAUAUACUCACCCCCCAGCUUCUCAAGGCCGCUUUAACGAAAGCGCUAAACGAGCUCUUAGAUCCUAUCAGAAAGGAGUUCGAGGCGUCAGAGGAAUGGCAGAAGGUUGCCGAGCUGGCUUACCCGCCGGAAGAAAAGCAGCAGAAGGUGAAGAAGCAGAAGGAUAAGGGCGACCCGGCUAAGCGUGCGGCUGCGCUCGCGGCCAAGGCAGAGCAGCUGAAGUUGCAGGAGGGCGGAAGCGAAGAGUCGAAAUAGAAACAAGUUAUGAUGAUACCUUAUGAUACCUUGUCUUGUAGCAGAGACUGGAUAGAUCUGAUGCUAACACAUGAAAAAAAUGGUGUGCCUUGCAUUUUCUUGGAGCCCUUAGGAGCCGAUAGAUGAAUACCAUGGUUAUUUUAGAUCUUAUCUUGUAUGAGAUAUUUUUAU